AUGACGCUGAGCGAUGAAAACGUGAAGAGAGUUAAGCUUGAGGCUGUUAACGCGGAAGAACAGCAGUAUUUGGAUUUAUGUGAAAGGAUUAUCAAUGAGGGAGAAUUCAGACCAGAUAGAACUGGUACAGGGACUUAUUCCCUUUUUGCGCCUCCACAGUUACGGUUUAAUUUGAGCAAUGAUACUUUCCCGCUUCUCACUACGAAGAGAGUGUUUACGAAAGGUAUUAUUUUGGAGCUCUUAUGGUUUGUUGCUGGAUGUACAGACGGGAAGAAAUUAUCAGAACAAGGCGUUAAGAUAUGGGAAGGUAACGGUUCUCGUGAGUACCUGGACUCACUUGGGUUGACUGACAGAAGAGAGGGGGAUUUAGGACCAGUUUACGGGUUCCAAUGGAGACAUUUUGGGGCCGAAUAUAAGACAUGUGAUGAUGAUUAUAGUGGUCAAGGUGUUGAUCAGUUGAAGGAGAUUAUUCAUAAGUUGAAGACAAAUCCAUACGACAGAAGAAUAAUUCUUUCUGCAUGGAACCCUCCGGAUUUCCCCAAGAUGGCUUUACCGCCAUGCCAUGUUUUCUCGCAAUUUUACGUCAGUUUCCCCAAGGGAGAAGGUGCCAAACCAAGAUUGUCAUGUGUACUUUAUCAGAGAUCAUGUGAUAUGGGUCUAGGAGUACCCUUUAACAUCGCGUCGUAUGCGCUACUGACGAAGAUGAUUGCUAUGGUCUGUGAUAUGGAACCUGGUGAAUUUAUUCACACUUUGGGUGAUGCGCAUGUUUAUAAAGAUCAUGUUGAUGCAUUAAGGACACAAAUUGCCAGAGAGCCAAGAGCUUUCCCAAAAUUGAAGAUAAAGAGAAAUGUCAGUGAUAUCGACGAUUUCAAAUACGAAGACUUCGAAAUAACUGACUAUAACCCUCAUGGGAAGAUUCAAAUGAAGAUGAGCGUUUGA